AUGACAAUAAGCAAUAGAAAAAGGGCUCUGUCCUCGGAAUAUGGGGAGAAGCCUAAGAUCAAAAGAUCAAGAAAUGGGUGCCAUAAUUGCAAAAGACUCAAGAUCAAGUGUGACGAGAAGAAGCCUCAAUGCUCCUAUUGUGUUAAAACAGAUAACAAAUGUGAUUACUCUAUAAAGUUAACGUGGGGUGGAAGGCCAUAUAAGAAUGGGACGAAGUUAAACAAGCUAAGCAUGGAGAAUGAGACCCCUAAAUUUGAAAGAAUCAAGCUGGAAUUGAAUUCUCAACAAGUGAAGGAAAAUGAUAAGAUACAAUUUGUUGUCCAAGGAACAAAUUUAGGUGAAAUCAAUUCUUCCUCUAAUAGUGAAUGGAGAAAUUCGUCUUCACGAAAAAAUUCGACAGUUCGAGCUAAGGGUUGCCUGGAAAACAAGACCAAUCAAAACAAGGCCAAUCCAGAGGACUUCUACGAGAAAAAUUCGAAACCAAAUGGCUAUUUCGAAGAAGCAGAACUUUCAAGAGCAGGAAAUUUAAUGAAUGUUUUCAAUUCACCACCCGCAUUUACAACACCCAGUGGAGAUUCAAUAUUGAGCGAUUUCAACACCUUUCCACAGCAACAAAAUUUCAGUACCUUUAGUGCCAGUCCACCCAAUCAAGACUUAACAGCAGCAAAUAAUGAUAACUAUAGCAUGUCAAAUUCAAAUGGGAAUGUCGCUCCUAAAAGCAUCGUUGAUAAAACAUCAGUUAAGAUUGAAACUCCAAGAGAAGAUAAUUUAAAUUCUAUUAUUAACAGCAUUCCUGAGAUUUCUACAGGUAUAGAAAAUUUAUCAAAUGAGUUUGAAAGGAUUUCUAACGGUGGCUAUCAGCUUAAUUUGAAAAACUCAGAGAUUUUAAAUAACUUUAUGCUUUCGAAUAUGGACGAGAAUUCAAAUCUUACAGACAAAGUCCUCAAUACUCCAACACAAUGGAGCCCAUUAAGUGAUUUAAACAUUGACAUUUUAGAUUCCAAGACAAGCAGACCUGUGUCAAGAAUAGAAAUGAAGGAUGAAUUAUUUAAUAAUUACUCAGAGGAUUUGGCAAAAAUAGAGGCCUAUCUUCCAGAGAGACAAAAAUCAAAUUUGUUGAACGAUUUUUUAUCUUCACUAAACUCAUCCCGACAGUUUGCGUAUAAUAUUGGUAGUAGGAGUAGUAGGAAGAUACGGGAAAUAGAAGAAGAUGAAAAUGACGAAGAAAGCAUCGAGAGACUGUUUCACGAUAUUGGUAUUGACCUGAAUUUUAUGAAUUCUGGAGAUUCCAUAGAUGAGGACAACAAGAUCCUAACACCUUCUGAAUUAUUUGAAUCUAUUCCACCACUGCUUGUUCCUUUGCCUGAAAUUUUAAUAGAGGUGCCUUUUUAUCGUAAUCUUAUGCAUUUUUGGGUAAAUGUUGCGUCUCAAAACUUAGUGCCGGCUCCAUCGUACAUUUAUUCGGAUAAUCCUUUCAAAGUACUCUUACCACAAAUGGCUAUGGAGUAUCCAUCUAUUUUAACCACAUUAUUAGCAUUUGCAGCUUCUAUUAGGUCGCUGCUUCUAGGACCAGAUAAUAUUCCCAAAGAAAUUGUCGAGCAAUUAUUAGCAAGAUCAUGUAAUGAAUUGUUAAAGCUAUUGAAAGAUAAGAAUGAAGCGACAUCAGACGGAACUUUAGCUACGGUCUUAUUGCUUUCUUGUUAUGAGUCUUUUCAAUCGAAUGAUUUUGACAGACAUAGAACACAUGCAUUAGGUGCUAGGCAAAUAGUUAUGGCAAGAAAAUGCUUUUUGUCUUGCGAAAGUCCAGAAUCGGAUAAAAGCAGUCCUUCCUCUACAUCCAGCAAGAGAUCAAGAGGCAAGGAAAGUGACAUAGCGUUUUUUUUGAUGAGAUGGUUUAUCUAUGUGGAUGUAAUGGGUGCAUUAUCUGCUACUAAGAAUUCUCAUAAGUAUUUAACGUCUGAAAAUGGCCACUAUCUGCCAAUUGAAUCUGUAGCUAACUUAACUGAUCUCAAUAGCAAUUCAGUAGAAGUUGACAGAAAGAGUGAUAUUGACCAUUUGUUGGGAUUUGACAUACGUGUGUUGCCUCAACUAACCGAUAUCGCAUUGCUUAUAAGAAAAGCGGAUUCGUACUUAGAACAGGCUGGUGCCGAUUGCAGCUCGCUACCAAUAACUAUUAUUACUGCAGCUUUAGAGGUAAAAGAAAGCAUUACAAGUGCUUACGAAGUUGGCGAAGCCAGACGUCAGGCAAAACUCGACAGUAUCAUAGAUUACAAAAUUCAGCGCAAAAAGGAAUCCCAAAAGACUGACUCACCUCCCAAUUUAAGCAACAUAAUGCAGCAAUACGACAUUCUUAGAGCUACAAAUAAAAUCUUCUGUGAUAUGGGCCUUCUUAACUUAUACCGUCGGGUGUUGCGUGUACCCCGUGAAUCCCCAAUAAUACAAGACUUGGCUGAAGGAAUUGGUCUGAUAUUGGAUUUAACUAUUGAAUCAAAAUCGUCUGCAGAAAUCUGUUCUAUAUUCUGUUUAUUCUGUGCUGCCUGUGAAACUUUAGAUCCAAAUAUGAGAGAACUAUUCUAUGAUAGAUUUACAAAGCUUACAGAAAUGGGCAAUGUUAAUGCAAUGAAAAGUCUUCAGAUAAUGUCGAGAUGCUGGGACACGGGAGAAGAUUGGAUAGCUGCCUCUAAAGAAUUAGAUAUCGAUGUAGCACUCCUAUAG